UUUUUUGUCAAUUUUGACACUUCAAUCAAUCAGUUAGUUUCCUCAGAACGAGUUGACACUUUGAGGAUUCUUAGUCUCACUGACUGCCUGGCCUAUGCUAGAACUGACAGAUCUUCUAAUAUCACUGAGAAAUGGCGACUAACAUGUUUCACCCAUGUUCAGUAAAGGUGGUUGCUGAUGAAUCUGAUGAGAGGACUUGUUUUAGAACGCCCCUAUCUGGCAGGUACAGUUGUCCAGAAAUGUCGGCAAAUUUCAGUGAAGUGAAAAAAUUUUCGACAUGGAGAUUACUGUGGGUGUACCUAGCUCGAGCAGAACAGAAACUCGGGCUGGACAUAACUGAUGUGCAGAUUGAAGAGCUGGAGCGUGCGGUCAACGAGAAGAUCAACUUCGAUCUAGCAGCUAAAGAAGAGAAGAAGCGAAGACACGAUGUGAUGGCACAUGUGCACACACUGGCCGCUUCCUGUCCCAAUGCCGCGCCCAUCAUCCAUCUCGGAGCUACUUCAUGCUACGUUGGAGAUAAUACGGAUCUUAUAGUUAUGAGGGACGCCUUCGAUAUCCUCUUGCCAAAACUUGCCAGAUGCAUUCAGAGGUUGUCAUUAUUUGCAGACGAGUAUAGAGACCUUCCAUGCUUAGCCUACACGCACAUGCAACCGGCCCAGCUGACGACAGUAGGCAAGAGGGUCUGCCUAUGGAUCCAGGACUUGCUGAUGGACUUGAAGGGCAUGCAGAGGACCAGGGAUGACCUGAAGUUUCGUGGCAUCAAGGGCACCACGGGCACCCAGGCAAGCUUCCUCGAACUUUUCGAUGGAGAUCACGAAAAGGUUGAACUAUUGGACAGAAUGGUGACAGAAAUGGCGGGAUUUAAGAGAAACUUUUUGAUCUGUGGUCAAACAUACACGAGAAAGGUGGACGUGGAAUGUCUCUCCUCAUUGGCUGCCCUUGGUUCAACUGUUCAUAAAUUAUGCACGGACCUCAGAUUGUUGGCGUCCUUCAAAGAGUUGGAGGAACCAUUUGAGAAAGAUCAGAUUGGAUCUUCAGCGAUGGCCUACAAGCGCAACCCGAUGCGCAGUGAGAGGUGUUGCGGGCUCGCCCGACACCUCAUGACCCUGGUACAGGACGCCCUCAUGACGCACUCCAACCAGUGGAUGGAGAGGACGCUGGAUGACAGCUCCAAUAGGAGAAUCAGCCUGCCCGAAUCAUUCCUGACAGCCGACAUCAUGCUGUCCACUCUGCAGAACAUCUCUGAGGGCAUGGUGGUCUACCCCAAGGUGAUAGAGAGAAGGGUGAAUGAGGAACUUCCAUUUAUGGCCACCGAGAACAUCAUCAUGAAUAUGGUCAAGUUCGGGGCGGACAGACAGGAGUGCCACGAACGAAUCCGUCAGUUAUCCCAGGAAGCAGGGAUGCGUGUGAAGUCAGAGGGACUUCCGAAUAAUCUUCUGGACAGGAUCAAGGGUGAUCCGUACUUUGCCCCGGUCAAAAGUUGUCUCAGUGACAUCAUGAAUCCCAAGAAAUUCAUAGGACGAGCGCCACAACAAGUCGGUAAGUUUUUAGAAUUGGAGGUCAAACCAGCCCUGAAGCCAUACGCCAAUCAGAUGAAUGAAAUUGCAGACCUUGACCUCUAGGCGCAGCAUUUUUUGACCGAUCGCUGUUUGCCUAAAUGAAUCGUGUGAUCUGAUUCGUGGACAUUGCGAUAAUCAAAUUUGCUUUAGAAUUUUUUUAAAUAUCAUUUAGUGGUUUCAAUUAAUAAUUAACUUAUUUAGAUUGUUAAAAACGCUUAGUCAGCUGUAUUAAGUUAGGAAGCUAAUAAUAUAAUUAUCAAUUAAAAGCUAUUUAAUUGUUUAGAAAAUUGUCACAUUUUGCUGUUUAAAUCGGAAGUUAAAAGUCGAAACAUUUCCUAGUUCAAUCAAGCUGCCACCAUGUUUCACGCAACGUAAACGCUUCCCGUCUUUGCCAUCGUAUUUGUUUAACUCCGAAUAAAAUUUUGUUGAGUUGUUCAAAUAUCAAGAGUUGUUGCGUAUGCCUGGUUGGUUCAUCAAGCGUUAAUCGUAUUCAAAAUAAAUUGAAUUCCAGCUAUCGACUCAA